AUGACCCAGGAGGGGGAGGAAGGUACCAAGAGUUUGGUCACUGGAGAAAAUCCCAGUGAAGCUUGUGGGACAAUAAGGCAGGAUGUGGGAGAAAAGGAGGACAAAGUGCAGCCGGCACUGGAGAUGGUGGCACUGAAUGAUUGCAAUAAGCUGAAGCACAUUAAAUCGCUGCCGCAGAAUUCGCUGGACUCGCACUCCAGUGCCGUGCGCCGUCAGGGGAUGCUGCUCAUCACAGACUGCAGCAAAGCGAAGCCGCCUCUGGAGGGUAAAGAGAAGUUGGAUGUGGUCAUUGUCUGCGUUACCAGCAUCUUUGCCCUGCCCUCAAUCGAGGCCUUGCAAAGGCAGGAAGGCCACAAAGUAAAUGUGAAGGAUUUGUACAACCAGACUGUGGAUGCCCUGGAAGUGAUGCUGGGAGCUCUCCUGUCAGAGAAACCAAACCCAGCUGAGCUGCAGAACUUCUUGGAUCACUUGGCCCCCUGGAUGACAUCAGAGAAAGCUCAUGAGCGAGCGAGGGCUGUGAGCACCAGUGUCUGCCUGUACAAGCAGCAGCCGAGAGUCCUAAGUUCUAUGUCACACGAAUUCCCCAGGCUGAGGCUCCUGAUUGGACGGCUGGCCCUGCAUGUUGGUGACCCAGAGAAGGAGAUUGGCCACCAGGCUAUGGAAUGCUUGUAUUUCCUCUACUCCCUCAUGUGGUGCCAAAAGGAACCUGAGAGGAAGAUGGGGUCUGUGACAGCAGUGCUACAUCAAAUGCCCAAAGAGAUCUUGGGUAUCUACGAGCCCACCAGGACUUGUGAGAAUAUCUCUGAAAUUGUUAAGAGAUUUGGACAAUUUCUCAGUCCAGACCAGAUGGCAGACCUUCUACUGACAGCUGUAGAAAGCUUGAAGGAGGCCAAUGAGAGCACCAUUGAAGCAUCAAAGACUAUUCUGAAUGUAAUCCUGGAGAAGUACAAGCAGAAGAUACAGAUGGAGGUGCCAAAGAUUGUGGACAGGAUCCACUCCCAGCUCAGAGCCAUCCAUCAUUCCCAUGCCAGACAGGUAGUGAUGAUGGCCUUAUGCCUCCUGGCUCGUGCUUUCAUGGAAGAAGUGUCCACAGCCCUUCUAAAGUGUCCACUCCCGCUGGACAGAGAUGCAGCUGGGAUGUGUAGAACACUGGCCAAAACAGAGGCAAUCUGUCACUCCCACAGACUUCUGGAUGUGCUGCUGAAGGAGCUUCAGGAGAGGCCAAGUACCUCUGAGGAUAGAGCCUUCAUCAUACCUCUAGCUGCAGCCAGCGCUCUGUGCGAGGUGUUAUCCGUAUCCAUGUGCACACGGACGGUGACACGCUUCUAUCCCCGCCUCCUGAUGGCUCUGCUUGUUCAGGUGUACUAUACCAUUGGGCUCGGCCUGCCCGACAGCAGGGUGUCCAGGAAGGAGCUCAUCCCUGCAUGCUGUGUUGUGAAGACAGUGAAGACCCUUCUCCUAAAAAUGGGAUGCCACUACGAGUUCACCUCUGUUGAGAAGGAGGGAGGCUGGGAACUGCUCACUAGCUCUGAGGAGCACCAUCGCGGGGUAGGCCUGCUUGCAAGAGCCAUGGUCCACUAUUCUUGCUGUCAGCUGUGGCGGAUCUUGUACCUUCUGGUCCCUUUCCUCGAACGAGGUGAUAAACAGCACAAGCUCACAGUGAGGGCCUUUUUCGUUGAGCUUCUCCAUAUGCCACAGGCAAAGCGGCUCCCAGAAAAAUAUUCCUUGCUCCAUCUGCUGAAAGGACUGACUGACCCAGAUCCAGUUAUCAGAGCGCUGUGCGUCAAAGGACUGAUCACCAUGGCAGACUGGCCAGGGAAGGAGAUAAAGGUCCUGGUGCCAGCCAUGAUAAACAGCUUGUGUGGAGUGGACGGGAGGCUGGUUGUGGAGGCUCUUGCUGAUGUGAAGAAGAUUCUCAGAGGCCUGGAUGUAGCAAGUUAUGUUGGCUGCAUCACCAGUCCCCUUAGGCUCCUCUUUGAUGAUGAGAGAAUGAGUGUGCGUUCUGCUGCCAUUUCCUUGUUUGGAAAAAUGGUCAAGAAGGUGAAGAAGAGUCAGGGGCUUAUGAAAGAGGAGGAUGUCUUGGACAGCUUGAUCCCAUUACUUCUGCACCUGCAAGAGGGCAACCCUGACAUGGCUGAGAAUCCAUUGACUUCAGUGAAGCUCCAUGCAGGUGGAGGCAUCUGCCCCCAUGGAACAACUUGCGCUCUCGGGGGCUUAAUGCAUGACCCUGAGGCGUCCAUAUGUAUCUUUGCUGCUCAGGCACGUGAACGCGUCCUGGCAGUUUACUGGAAAUUAAAGUAUGGCCUGGUUGAGCAACACAAAGUGAACAGUGACUCUGCUGAGAAACACAAAAGCCCCCCAAAUCCUCCUGCUACCGAAAGCACCUCAUCCAGGCUGUUCAACGCCCUCAAUCUCUGGAAAUUAGCUGCCAAGCACUAA